AAAGCAUGGCGACGCCGCUGUCAAGCUGAACAGGAUGCUACAUGUUUUUUUGAAUAUGUGAAGCGACUUUUAAGAUUCCCAGUUCACUAAACUGGUGUCGUCUUCAUCCUUUAGUCGUUUAUUUGCGUUUUAUUCUCGUCAGCGGACUUUUGGCUGCUCACGAGCGAGUUAAACAACACAAUGCACUCCGUGAAGGUCGGCUAUGUGGCUUCGGCUGUGUCGCGAGCUCUCUGCUCAAGCGGAAUGUACUGCCGUGAGUUUGUUAAAGUGUCGGCUUGUUGUCGUGUCCAUUGCUCUGUUAGUCAGACUCGUUAUUGUCGAACAGCAGCCGCGCCAGAGGAGACAGUUAUUCGCAUUCCUCGCUCCAUGCAGAGGCGCGUUGAAAAUGUAAAACAGACUCGAGGCCAACAUAAAAUCAACACCAUCAAAGCUGGCAAGCUCCUGAUCCAGAGCAAGAACCCUGAUCUGAACCAAUCUGCGGCAUACACUCAUGGAAAGUUCGAGCAGCUCAUUCUUUGCACGAAGGGAUGGAAGCAUAACAAAUCAUUCGGUGACUAUUUCACCAUCAACAACAUCAAGACUGUUGCUCCCUUUGUUGCUGACAAUCCGAACGAGGGUGUUGAACAGAAAGCAUCUGUGACUUUUAAUAACCUCCGCAUCUGCAAGGGACUGGUGGAAGCUUUGGACAAUAUCAACAUUACCCAUCCCACCACUGUACAGCUGCAGACCAUCCCGAAGGUCAUGAAAGGUUACAACAUCCUCUGUGCUGCGGAGACGGGCAGUGGGAAAACGCUGAGUUACCUCCUGCCUAUUGUUCACAGACUGCAGGCUGAUAAGGAAUCGGAUAUGUACACUGGGAGCACACACAAGAUUCGUGCUGUGGUUCUCGUGCCUUCCAGAGAGCUAGCUGAGCAAGUGGCAGCUGUGUCCAGGACGUUGUGUGCACCAUUAGGCUUAAAGACAAGUACUGUGGGUGGGGGACGGGGUGUGGGACACAUCAAAAUGGUCUUUAAGGGGGAUCAUCCAGAUGUGUUAGUGGCCACACCAGGUGCUUUGGUCAAGGCCCUGCGGAGACGCUGCGUGGACUUGAGCGAGCUGAGCUUCUUUGUGGUCGAUGAGGCGGACACCAUGUUCGACCCCAGCUUUUCUGACAUGCUGGAGAACAUCCUGCGCCACACAAACAUUGCCAGGGAUCCCAAGGAAACACGAGGCCCCGGCCAUAAGGCCCAGCUGCUGGUGGUGGGGGCCACCUUCCCUGGGGGUGUCGGGGAAGUGCUCAGCCAGGUGACAGACCUUGGCAGCCUUGUGGUUAUAAAGAGCAAGAUGCUGCACUUCCUCAUGCCACAUGUCAAACAGUCGUUCCUGAAGGUAAAGGGAGCUGACAAGAUCCUGGAGCUCCACCAAGCCCUGAAGCUGCUCCAUCAGAAAAAGGGAGGGGCUGCUGCUCUGGUGUUCUGCAACAAGUCUGCCACCGUCAACUGGCUGGGGUACUCGCUGGAAGAGAUGGGAGUGCGGCAUGCACGUCUGCAAGGGGAGAUGCCCGCUGCUGUGCGUGCGGGAAUCUUCCGAUCGUUUCAGAAGCCCGGCCUGAUAGAUGUGUUGGUAUGCACAGACAUUGCUUCGCGUGGCCUGGACACAUCCAGAGUGGGCUUGGUUGUCAACUACGACUCCCCAGAAUCCCACACGGACUACAUCCACAGGGCAGGGAGAGUGGGAAGGGCAGGAGGGGUGGAGGAUGGGGAGGUGCUCAGCUUUGUCACUCAUCCGUGGGAUGUGGAGCUAGUGCAGAAGAUUGAGACUUCUGCACGUAGGAGAACUAGUUUGCCAGGGAUGGAAUCGGAUAUACGUGAGCCAAAACCCAAAGACAUAGACAUAGAUGAGGAGUAGAAGGUCAAAGUGAUUUUUUAUUUUUUUUGUAUAUUUGCAAGUGUUGGUGACGUGUGUGUUGCGUUAGGAUGCCAAACUAAAUGUACAAAACGUCUGCAGAAACGGUCAGCCAAAUUUGUUUCAAAACUGAAUUACAGUGGGCUGUUUUUCUUUGGUCACUUUGACCUAAAAAUAUUUAAAUGUUUUACCCUAUAGUCAUUCAAACGCUUUCAUUGAGGAUAAUUUGAAAGGGAGAUAAAAGUGACAAAUGUUUUUGUUUUGCCAAGCUGAGGCCCGAGACUGCUUGGUUCUUGCGUCAGCUAUUAAUUCUAAUACUUCAAAAGCGCUAACAUAAAGCAUUGUUUAAUGAGUUUGUGGAAGACACCCAAUGUGCGCUUUGUCACAAUGUUUUUAUAGCCCAUCUUUCCUGAUGUAAAUGUGUGUGCAAAUGAAUCUCCUCAGCAGUUGCUUAUUUAGACUGAAUAUCCUUGCAGUAUUCUUGUAAAAAAAGCUUUGACGUCAAAGUAAAAUCCAUUCACUUUUUUUUUCUCUCUCCUUUUUUCUAUUGAGCAAAAAGAGUGAUCUUUGAAUAAUCGACUAGCCAUUUUCUUUGUCACAAGAACAUGAUUUUCUACUACUUUAUACCCACUAACCAGGUCAAACUAAAUUGACCUGGUUAGUGAGUAUAAAGUAGUUAUCAGUGAAUCUGUGUAAUAAAUAAUGUGAUUACUGUGGAAAUCUUGUCAUUUAAGGAGCCAUUUUCUGUUUGCUUCUUCACCACAUUUAAUCAAUCAUACACAGAACGGUAUUGAAAUGUCACCAACAUUGCAACAAAGCAUGCCAAAAUACCUCAUAUUUUGGUCUGAUCCAUCUCCUAAGACUUGUAACAAAAAUGUCAAUAAAAAUAUUGAUAUUGUCAUAAAGGAAAAUCCUGAAUUUCUUGGAGAUCCACUCACAAUUUUAAGUAGUUUUUUUCUUUCAUCUUGCUUGCGUUUAGCCACCAGGUGGAGGCAUUUGUCUUAUUUCAGCUUAUGUAAAUUGAAUGCACAGUUCAUAGGUCAAAACAUGGAUAUGAUUUUUGUGCUCAAUACAAUUAACGUUACCUUUCAUGUUUUUAGUCCAGAAACAUCUCAUCAAGCUACAGCAAGUUAGUCAAUUUAAACAGAGGCCAAAACUGACGUCUCUUCUGU